AUGGAUUCCAAUGUUCCCAAGGAGUUAAAACCCAGUUUGGGUAUGAUAUUUAAAGAUCCUGAAGAGGGUCUUAGUUUUUAUAAAGCAUAUGCAAAUGCCGCUGGGUUUACUUCUAGGAAAUCUACUACUAAAAGGAAGAAGAAUAACAAAGAUAUAAUUGCUUUUCAAUAUGGAGUUUGCAAUAAGGAAGGUUUUAGGGCAAUAAGAAAACCUAUUGCUCAACAAACAGUUUAUGAAGAAGGAAAAGUUCAUAUUACUAGGAAACGUUUAGUCACUCGUGUAGGAUGCAAUGCUCACAUAUGUAUGAGAUAUGAUGCUGGAAAGUAUGUUGUAACUCAUUUCAAAGAAGAACAUAAUCAUCUUUUAUAUACUCCAAGUUGUGCAAAAUUUCAGAAGGAUAAUAGAAAAAUGCAUAUUAUGCAUAAAAAGUUGAUUGUUGAUAAUUCAAAGGUAAAUGUUGGUCCUGUGAGGUCUUAUACUAUGAUGAAAGAAUUAGCUGGAUCACAUGAUAAUGUUGGUGCAUCUAAACAAGAUUUCAAAAAUUUUUAUAGAGAUUUGAAGGCUUAUAUUGAUGGAUCAGAUGCCCAAAUGUUUGUGGAUAAUUUUCAAAAUAAGAAAGUGCUUUGGAGUGCAUUUUUUUUUUCCUAUGAUGUUGAUGAAGAAGAUAGACUUUGUAGAGCUUUAUGGGCUGAUCCAAUCUGUCGAAAAAAUUAUGCACUUUUUGGUGAUAUGGUUUCUUUUGAUACCACAUUCAAAACAAACAGAUAUAAUAUGAUCUUUGGUCCAUUUACUGGAGUUGAUCAUCAUAAAAAAUGUGUUACUUUUGCGGAUUCUUUUGUAGCUCAUGAGGAUAUAUCAUCUUUUGAAUGGGUUUUCAAAACUUUUCUUAAAGCAAUGGGAAAUAACGAGCCUAUUGAGCCGGCAGAAUUUGAAGAAAAGUGGAACAAAGUUAUUUCAGAAUUCCAUUUGAACGAUCAUGAAUGGUUGGCAUACAUGUACAACAUACGUGAUAUGUGGAUUCCAGCGUAUUUCAGAGAUUUAUUUUUGGGUGGCAUUAUGAGAACCACAUCUAGAUCAGAAAGUGAAAAUAAUUUUUUCACUAUGUUCACAAAUCCCCAUCUCACUUUGAUUGAGUUCUACAUGAGGUUUGAAUGUGCAUUGAAUGCUCAAAGGCACACUCAAAAUAAAAUGGAUAAUGAUUCGAAGAAUAAGCGUCCGGAGUGUAAGACUCCAAUUCCUUUAGAGAAAGAUGCUUCUGAAUUGUUUACAACAACAAUUUUCUAUGAAUUUCAAUAUGAGCUUGAAAUUGGAUGUUUUAAUUGUGGUGUUGAGGAGAUGAAGAAGGACAAUGAGCUUUACAUUUUCAAUUUGAGGGAAGGAACUAGAAGGAGGACUUUUGAUGUUGUUUUUGAUCCAACUACCUUUGAUACCAAGUGUUUUUGUAAAAAAUUUGAACGUGAUGGUGUGCCUUGUAGGCAUAUGAUUUGGGUGUGGAAGGCAAGGAUGUUAGAAAAAAUUCCCAAGGCCUACAUUCUAAAUAGAUGGUGUACAAUGGCUUAUAAGAAGCCCAUUUUUGAUUUAGAGGGUAAUGUGUUGGAGGAAUGUAUUAAUGCAGUAGAUAAGAAAAUGUUAUUAAAUGAUUUGUGGUCUGAAAUUCAUGCUUGUGUGAGUUUAGUGCAAAACAAUGAAUAUGAUCUUAGUGAUCUUGUCAAAAAACUUCGAGCCAUGAGGGUAGAUUUGGAACAGAAGAAAACAAAUGGAAGCAACAAUCUUUCGAGCAAAGUUAAAGACAUUGAAAUGCUUAUUGGAGCUAGUUCAUGUUCCAAAUCAGGUAAAUGUUCCAAAUGA